AGAUCAGCAAUAGAAACAAAGUUGUAGUCACCAUAACCUCACCAGUAGCCAGAUGCUACAGCAGGCGGUGAUCUCAGCCAGUCCCCACGCGGGAACCCAGGAACUGCUCCUAACCUUUCAUCAUGUAUCAGCACACCAAAGCAUCCUUUCUGUAUCUUUGUUUGCCACUUGGUUUGUUCUCAUGAACAAGAUGGAUGACCUCAACUUGCACUACCGGUUUCUGAAUUGGCGAAGGAGGAUUCGGGAGAUUCGAGAGGUCCGGGCCUUCCGGUAUCAGGAGAGGUUCAAGCAUAUCCUUGUGGAUGGUGACACUUUGAGUUACCAUGGAAAUUCUGGUGAAGUUGGCUGCUAUGUGGCAUCUCGACCCCUGACCAAGGACAGCAAUUAUUUUGAGGUAUCCAUUGUGGACAGCGGUGUUCGGGGCACCAUUGCUGUGGGGCUGGUCCCUCAGUACUACAGCUUGGAUCACCAGCCUGGCUGGUUGCCUGACUCCGUAGCCUACCAUGCUGAUGAUGGCAAGCUAUACAAUGGCCGAGCCAAGGGGCGCCAGUUUGGCUCAAAGUGCAAUUCUGGGGACCGGAUUGGCUGUGGCAUUGAGCCUGUGUCCUUUGAUGUGCAGACUGCCCAGAUCUUCUUCACCAAAAAUGGGAAACGGGUGGGCUCCACCAUCAUGCCCAUGUCCCCAGAUGGGCUUUUCCCAGCAGUUGGUAUGCAUUCCCUGGGUGAGGAGGUGAGGUUGCACCUCAAUGCUGAGCUGGGCCGUGAGGAUGACAGUGUCAUGAUGGUGGAUAGUUAUGAAGAUGAAUGGGGCCGGCUGCAUGACGUCAGAGUCUGUGGGACCCUGCUGGAAUAUUUGGGGAAGGGAAAGAGUAUCGUGGAUGUGGGGCUGGCUCAGGCCCGGCACCCACUCAGCACCCGUAGCCAUUACUUCGAGGUGGAGAUUGUGGACCCUGGAGAGAAAUGCUACAUCGCCUUGGGGCUGGCCAGGAAGGAUUAUCCCAAGAACAGGCACCCAGGCUGGAGCAGAGGGUCUGUGGCGUACCAUGCAGAUGAUGGGAAGAUCUUCCAUGGCAGUGGUGUGGGGGACCCCUUUGGGCCACGCUGUUACAAAGGGGACAUUAUGGGCUGUGGAAUCAUGUUCCCCCGGGACUACAUUCUGGACAGUGAGGGGGACAGUGAUGACAGUUGUGACACGGUGAUCUUGUCCCCGACUGCCCGGGCUGUCCGGAAUGUCCGAAAUGUCAUGUACCUGCACCAGGAAGGUGAAGAGGAAGAGGAGGAGGAGGAAGAAGAAGAGGAGGAAGAGAUAGAGCAGGAGCAUGAGGGCAAGAAGGUGGUGGUUUUCUUCACACGGAAUGGCAAGAUCAUAGGGAAGAAGGAUGCUGUUGUGCCUUCUGGAGGCUUCUUUCCAACCAUUGGAAUGCUCAGUUGUGGGGAGAAGGUGAAAGUUGACCUGCAUCCCUUAAGUGGCUAGAGGAGGCUUCACUGCACAUCUGCCCCUUCUCCUUCUGCAGCCUCCCUCCAGUCUUCCCCCAGGAUUUGCUCACCAGCAGGCCCUGAGAGGACAUUACCCUGCCCAUACCAGCUCAGGGCCCAGUUAGGCUGGACCUUCUGUCCCUGGGCCUGAGCCUUUGGUGAUAGGAAUGGGCAGAGAACAGUGUUGAUGUCCCCUUGCUUUGGUUAGUGGGCACCCAGAUCUCCUUUUACUCACUGUACCCUGUGGAAACUGGGAGGUGUAAGCCUACCUGCUGUUUGGGCUGAGGGUGAAGUAGAGGCAGCCUGCCAGUCCCUAUUUACCCAUAGUUCCCCUGAAACCUUCAUUCCCUUCCCUCAUGUGAGCCAGUUGCUGCUGUCUCCCCCUGGCUGGGCUAGGGGGUCUGUCUUGGCCAUCUCUCCUUUCACCGGCUGCUGUCCUAAGUUCCAUCUAGGGUCUCCAUUGAGAGACAGCCCCGCCCCAACACUCAGGCACCACAGAAAGCCUGAGCCUGGCUCCCUACCUGCCCCACACAGACUACCCUUUCUACAUGUGUGAGUGCGGGGCUGUGUGGUGGCAUGGGACUGUAGCCCUUGCUUCCGUCUCCUUGUCUGCACUCUUCCUCAAGGCACCGCUAGCCCUGGCUCCCCGAGAUGGGGCUAAGGCACUAGGCAUGUAUUAUGUUGCGGCUGUUGCUUAGGGCCGCAGCUUGUUCCCUCACCUCCCUUUCCAUGUCCACUUCCUGACUCUGUGCCCAGCUUGCUGCUUGUGCCAGUUGACUGUUUUUGCUUCAGUGUUUGAUUCUAGAGUCUACAUAGACCCCCCCUGCCCCACCCCGCAACCAACUCCCCCAUCUUCUCCCCCCAUUUCAGGGGCUCUUGGUCUCAGUUUGCACAGUGGGUAGAAUUGGGGGGCGGGGUGCUGUUGUGCUGCUGGGGCUCCUUUGCCCCUCCUUCCGGGCCCUGCACUAUGAUGUGUGAAAUGUAUGUACAGACCAGAAAUGUUUAUACACCCAAUAAAGACGGAGUUUCCAUAUUUA